GCGCCAUAAGUAGAGGCGCUGCUGGCGAUGGGGCCAAGCCUAAGCCAAGCCCAAGCCACCGGGAGGGUCUCUGUCACCGUGCUCGCCGGCCGCUGCCAGCCAUGGACACCUUCUUCCUGUCGCACGGCUCGCCGGCGAUCUGCAUCGACGAGAGGAUCCCGGCGCACGGCUUCUUCAAGUCGUGGCUGCCAGCGGCGGUGGCGGGCGCGCAGGCGCCGCGCGCCGUCCUGGUGGUGUCCGCGCACUGGGAGACCGACGCUCCGGCCGUCAACGUCGUCCGCGGCACCAACGACACCGUCCACGACCUGCCGGGCCUCCCCGACGAGUUAUACAAACUGAGGUACCCGGCGCCGGGCGCGCCGGGCCUGGCCAGGAGGACCAAGGAGCUCCUGGAGGGCGCCGGGUUCGGGCCGGUGAGCGAGGAGCACGGCCGCGGGCUCGACCACGGCGCCUGGGUGCCGCUGAUGCUCAUGUUCCCGGAGGCCGACGUCCCGGCGUGCCAGCUCUCCCUGCAGACCGGCCGCGACGGCGCCUACCACUACAACCUAGGCGCGGCGCUGGCGCCCCUCAGGGACGAGGGCGUCCUCGUCCUCGGCUCCGGCACCGCCACGCACAACCUCAGCCAGCUGGGGCCUCUCGACGCGCCGGUGCCGCAGUGGGCCGCCGACUUCGACGCCUGGCUCAGGGACGCGCUCCUGGACGGGAGGUACGAGGACGUGAAGCGAUACAAGGAGAAGGCGCCCCAGGCUGAGGUUGCGCACCCUUCGCCGGAGCACAUCUACCCGCUGCACGUCGCGCUGGGCGCCGCCGGGGAUGAGGCCAGGGCGGAGCUGAUCCACCACAGCUGGACCAACGCCACCUUCUCCUACUCUUCGUACCGCUUCACCAAGAAGAUUUGACGGCCUUAAAUCAUUUGGGUUGUAAUAAAGAUAGAUUGGUUGAUGCAUGAGGAGCUGAACUUCUACUAUUUCAAAAUGUCCAUUAUCGAGGACAUCGACUUGUGUUCACACAGAUUGGCUAAAGCAGUGUGACAAGGAUGGCGUCUUCUGUUAUU